AUGGAUCGUUACCACCUGAGCCCUGGAUUCCUUCAAAUUUUGACGUGCUUCAAAGAUCGACAUCUGCCGACGGAAGAGGGAUUCUCCAGCGCGUCGCAAUCGCAUUUCACGGAUAAACGCUCUGAAGUCCGCGCGGUUGAGAACAAAAUCUUGCCGCUAGAACCUAUCCUCGUGUCAUUCGAAAAGUUGAUGAAAGACCUCGAAGAAGCCAACAGCGUCUUCUCUGAGGUGGGCAAAGUACAAGAUGGCACUUCUGUAGUCAUAAAAGCGGCACUCAGACAGUUUCGCAAGGAUGCCACAUCGUACCGAAGACAAGUCCUCUACAUGAACAAACGGGCCCAGUUGACUACUCAGUCAAUGCUGGAUACGUUGAACCUGAGUCAGAGCAAGAACACGUUUGAUAUGGGUAGAUCGGCACGAGAGGAUUCUGUCGCCAUCAGAGCGAUCACGCUGGUCACGUCGUUCUACCUCCCAUUCUCUUUCGUUGCCACAAUGUUUGGCAUGAACCUUGUGGACUUCGAUUCUGAGUCUCGCAAUCUUGUCCUCUCGAAACAACUCUGGCUUUAUUUUGUCAUAUCAGUUCCGUUGACUGCUUUGACGCUGGCUUAUAUCGAAAUGGGUCAUUUCUGA